AUGUCGGGGGCGUCUGAUUUCUUGAGCAAGGGUAUCGACUUGGUACAAAAGGCGAUAGAUGCCGAUACUGCCACCAGAUACGAAGAGGCGUAUAAACUAUAUUACAAUGGUCUUGAUUACUUGAUGUUGGCCAUCAAGUAUGAAAAGAACCCCAAGUCAAAAGAGCUAGUGAAAUCAAAGUUUACCGAGUAUUUGACCCGAGCAGAACAGUUGAAAGACCAUCUUGAAAAACAACAAAACAAAUCAAACUCGGCUGAAAGCUCUGCCAAUGGAUCUACCAAGGCAAAGAAGUCCGGAAGCGGAGACGAUGAUGAUGAUGCAGAUACAAAGAAAUUAAGAGGGGCUCUUGCAGGUGCAAUCUUGUCGGAAAAGCCAAAUGUCAAGUGGUCAGAUAUUGCUGGGCUUGAGGGAGCAAAAGAAGCCCUAAAGGAGGCAGUCAUAUUACCCGUGAAAUUCCCUCAACUAUUUGUGGGAAAUAGGAAACCCACCUCCGGUAUUCUUUUAUAUGGACCGCCAGGUACGGGUAAAUCGUACUUGGCAAAGGCUGUUGCUACAGAAGCAAAUUCUACAUUUUUUAGUGUUUCCUCAUCUGAUUUGGUUUCAAAGUGGAUGGGUGAAUCAGAAAGACUUGUCAAGCAAUUAUUUACCAUGGCCAGAGAAAACAAGCCGUCUAUCAUUUUCAUUGAUGAAGUUGAUGCUUUAUGUGGGCCUAGAGGAGAAGGUGAGAGUGAAGCUUCAAGGAGAAUUAAAACGGAAUUGUUGGUGCAGAUGAAUGGUGUUGGGAACGACUCUCAAGGUGUAUUGGUAUUGGGAGCAACAAACAUCCCCUGGCAAUUGGAUGCUGCGAUAAGAAGAAGAUUUGAAAGAAGAAUUUAUAUUCCAUUACCCGACGUAGAAGCAAGAUCGAGAAUGUUUGAAAUCAACAUUGGUGAAGUCCCUUGUGAAUGUUCUCCUCAUGAUUAUAGAACUUUGGCCGAAAUGACAGAUGGCUAUUCUGGGCAUGAUAUUGCGGUAGUCGUUAGAGAUGCGUUGAUGCAGCCAAUCAGAAAGAUUCAGCAGGCGACACAUUUCAAGCCUGUAAUGGAUGAUGAUGGGAAGGAGAAGUUGACACCUUGCUCCCCUGGGGAUGCAGAUGCAAAGGAGAUGAGUUGGAUGGAGAUAGAAACAGAUCAAUUGAAGGAACCUUUUUUGACGAUAAAAGACUUUAUCAAAUCGAUUAAAAGCAAUAGACCUACUGUCAACGAAUCUGAUAUAUCAAACCAUAUUAAGUUUACCGAGGACUUUGGUCAAGAGGGUAACUGA